AUGGUUUGCCCUUUCCUGUUCUAAUCAUACUGUUUAGGGUAUUGACAUAAGCCACCGACAUAAACGGAAGGUUAUUAGACGCAAUGCGAAGAGCGAAGAUGUCUACCUCCGUCUUCUUGUCAAGCUCUACAAAUUUCUGGCGCGUCGAACACAUGCCAAGUUUAACAAUAUCAUCAAGCGCCGUUUGAUGAUGAGCAGGACAAAUCGCGCCCCAAUGUCCUUGGCGAGACUGGCAAGACAGAUGAAGAAACCCGGUCGCCAGGAUAAAAUUGCCGUUUGUUUGGGCACUGUUACUAAUGAUCUACGUAUGAUGGAAAUUCCCAAAAUGACUGUAAGUUAUGACUCCGGCCUUGUGAAUUCGACCAAUAUAAUGGCCUUUUUCGUUGUUACCAGUCUGCUUGCAAAGUUUGCUAUUGAAAUCUCACUAUUGACUGUGCCGACACAAUUAGGGUCUGUUUACUCCGAAAUCGACUUGUCAUCCCUCCCGUCCGUUAGCUGGUGUGUCCUUUGCACCGCUCACCGUUCUGUGUGCUCGUAUUUCGUAGGUUCCCCGUUCAUGCCUGCACAGAUAAUCCUGUUGCCAUCUCUGUUUAUUCGGGCCUGGCGAAGGUUUUUGUAAGCAUUUCGUCAGCUUCUAAGCCCACUAUGCCGUUAGAAAACACCAGGGACCGUAUUAUCCUUUCUUUAGUAAUUUACGACUAAGGUCUUGCUCGCUGACGUCCUCAAUUUUUUUGCCUCUCAGGUGUGUGCCCUUCGCAUCACAGAUGCUGCUCGCAGUCGCAUCCUGAAAGCUGGUGGUCAUAUCCUCACCGUUGACCAACUGGCUUUGAAAACGCCCCUUGGCAAAGGCACUAUCCUCCUCCAAGGACCGCGCAAGGGACGCACUGCCUGUCGUCACUUCGGACCCGCUCCUGGCGUUCCUGGAAGCACAAGCAGACCAUACGUGAUCUCGAAGUCUCGCGAGCGCACCAAUGUUAGGAGGACUCAUUAA